UGUAUCCGCCAUUCAUGCGAGUCGAUUUCGUUGUUUCUCUGUGUGUGCAGCAGCGGGCACGAGCAAAGCAAGCACUGGGCAAGCCUGAGCAAGCUUGAGCCUCAGCAAGUCUGAACAAGAGACGAACGAACUGGAACGAACGAGACGUGGUGUGACGGUGAAUAUAUAAUCGCGCGAUUCGAGGAAACCAUGAUGCGAGCGUAUUAGAGCUCUGGGAAGAUAUACUGCGACGUAUUGCCGCGCGGUAAAGCAGCAACAGCACAAGCAGCAGUAGCAGUUUGUUGGAGGCACGCGACCCGUUUAGUACCUGAAGCGACGAUGAUACUCGGUCACGGUCCGCCGACGUGAAAACGAAACACAAGUGCCAUUUUCAAGAUCAUCAGGAAUGAUGCUGAUCAAAUAAUAGAGCAAAGAACAAAUUAAUCAUAAUUCAACAAAUAUCUGCUAAGUAAUAUGGGGGCAUUUUUGGAUACUCCGAAAACAGAGAAGUGUAACGAACAUGGCACUGGCAAUGGCUUGCGGUAUGGCGUCGCCAGUAUGCAGGGCUGGCGGAUGGAAAUGGAAGAUGCUCAUAGAGCAAUUCCCUGUUUAGAGGGUAGUCUUUCAGAUUGGAGUUACUUUGCAGUGUUUGAUGGCCAUGCGGGUGCAUUAGUAUCGGCACAUAGUGCGGAGCAUUUACUGGAAUGUAUAAUGCAAACAGAGGAAUUUAAGGCCGAGGAUGUUAUCCAAGGAAUUCAUUCCGGGUUUCUCAGACUCGACGACGAAAUGAGAGAUUUACCCGAGAUGAGUUCUGGCACGGACAAAUCCGGUUCUACAGCAGUGUGUGCAUUUAUAUCGCCCAAAAAUAUCUAUAUCGCCAACUGCGGCGAUUCUCGGGCUGUACUCUGUAGAUCUGGAAUUCCAGUCUUCUCGACGCGGGAUCACAAGCCCGUCUUACCUGCCGAAAAGGAGAGAAUUCAGAAUGCAGGUGGUAGCGUAAUGAUCCAAAGAGUUAACGGAUCUCUGGCUGUUUCCCGAGCGUUGGGCGAUUAUGAGUACAAAAAUCUAAAAGAUCGAGGCCCUUGUGAGCAAUUAGUGUCGCCAGAACCCGAAAUAUUCGUGCGAGAUAGGGACGAUGAACACGACGAGUUUUUAGUUUUAGCAUGUGAUGGCAUUUGGGAUGUAAUGAACAACGAAGAUUUAUGUAACUUUAUACAUUCAAGACUGCUACUAACUGACGAUUUAGAAGCAGUUACCAAUCUGGUUGUAGACACCUGUCUUUAUAAGGGUAGCAGAGAUAAUAUGAGCAUAGUUCUGGUGACGUUCCCGGCUGCGCCAAAACCAAAUCCCGAAGCACAGAGACAGGAGGCAGAGUUGGAAAUGGCUAUAGCAAGGAGAAUUAAAGAAAUAGUCGCCCAAGAGGAGGAUAAGAAUGAAUUUGACUAUCUAAAAAUGCUUGAACUGCUUAGAGGAAGCGACCAAGAUUUUCCUUACCUACCUCCAGGUGGUGGUCUUCAUGCUAAGCAACCCUUCAUCGAGAAAGUGUUUCGGGAAUUAUGUCCCAAUAAAGCGUAUAGUGUAAGUGUUGGAUACAUCCCUUUGACAUAACUAACCCUCGAGAUCUUUUUCUAUACUGCAUCAAAUGUACAAUUACAUAAUAAUAAGACAUGUUCCAUAUUCAUAUAAAGAUGCAGAGAACUUACCAAGAACACAUUUAUUUGAAUAGUAAUCCAUAAGGAAAUCCUAUCAGUAAAAGAAAAAAAAUUACAAUGUUGUUCUAUAAAGUCGUGAGUCUCUUGACAGAAUUAAGUUUGUCAUAAGAUAUAUAAUUAGUAGAUCUUUAAAGUAAACCACGAUUGGCAACAUAAAUUUGUGCGUAAAUUAAUUAAAUAUUCAGUAAAUUUUUAUAAAAUAUUACAUAUACUUUUUUGUAAGAGUGUUUCUCUAUAUUGUUUGUUUAAAGAGACUCACAUGCUAUAUACAUAAAAAUUUUCUUAUCCUUUGUAAGUACUUUAGUAAUCGCGACAGCUCUGUUAAAACAGUUUCUGGGAGUAUAUAUUUAUCUAAAGGAUAUAUUUCUGUCAAAGAUCAUAAAGUUUAAUUGCGUUAGAGGAAGAAGUAUGGCUGAAACUUAAGUUCUGUAUUGAUAGCGAACAUGCUUACUUAACUAAGUUCUAUUACUUUGUGCAAAUUAUUGAUUUGCAGAAUAAGCCAGUUAAUAAUUUUAAUGGAAUAAUAGUACAAGUGAAAUAUCAAUUACAGGGGACUAAGGAUAAUUAUAAAUGUCUAUCUUUAUAUUUAAUUUUAAUCCACACACACUAUUAUUCUGAAUAAUAUUUUAUUUAGAGCAUGAAAGAAAGUGUCGAACAAACCAAACACCUUACAUGCAGAUACACGAAAAUGUUUUUAUAACUGAUGGCAUAUUUCGAGAGAAAAUAUAAAGUAGAUCGUUAUAUAGAUCAUUUAUAUAUAAUCUCAAUUAGUCAAUGACCUUUUUUCAUCAUUUAACUAUUUUCCUUUUUAUAUAUAAUUAUCACUAUAUUGCUGUGGAUUUUAUAAAUUUCUUUUUUAUUCAGGGAGUAAAAUGUUUGUAUAUUACAGUUAUAAGCACACAGAGGGUUAAACAGAUGCUACAUUAAAAAUUAGAUGUACAAGCUCUGGAAUAAAAAUGGAAAAUUAGAUGAUAUAGAAAAUAAUGAAGGUGUAAGUGUGUUUUUUUUUUUAAAUAUAAAUAUGUAAAAAAAAAUGUAGAGAGCAUAAUAUGUUACUAUGUAUGCAUUUAUUUGAAGAGAUAUUUUAAAAGGAUGGUAUUCCCAUAAAUAUUUAAUCACUGUAAAAUUUGCACAAUAGAAUAACUACUAUACAUUUUAUACCGCUUGAAUAGCUCUUUCACAUAUGCGAACCAAAUUUAACAUUAUCUUCAUCAAGAAUGUACUUUUCUCAACAACGUGUACAAAAUCUUCUGUAUUACAAUACAUACGUGAUACAUCAUGAAGCGAGACUUUUAUGAGAACUUAAUAAGAUUUUGGUAGAAUAUUUCUGUCAUACCCUCUUGCCAUGUUGAUAAAAAGUGCAUAAUAUUGCUAUAUAUAAUUAUAUAUUUUUGUAGAUCUAGGAAAUAUUAGCGCUCUCAAAAUAUAUAUUUACUUCUCUGUGAUCGGUAUUUCCUACUCUUCAUUUAUGAUCAGUUCUAAAUGUUUAUGGAACUAUCAAUUCAGUACAUACACUUUCAUGCAGAAUAGAGAAGAGUAGGAGAAAACUGAUCGUUUAGUUUUAAAAUUAUCGGUCCUGUAUAUACACAAAAAAAUUCUGUCUGAGAAAUUGUGUUGUACUGAUAUUUUCUUCAAGUAAUUUAAAAGAGAUGAACCUAUAUAUAUAUAUAUAUAUAUAUAUAUAUAAAGCUUAGCAAGGAGGCCUUGAGUCUAGUUUCCUAUAAUAUAUUUUAUAAAUUCUAUAUAAUUUGGCUACUUUGUAUCGCAAUAGAUCAAAAGAUAUAUCAGUUUUUAAUUAGACUUUUAUAUUUAAAUAUACAUGAAAUAAUAGAUUUAAUAACAGCUUAUAAAACGUAUUGUUUAAUGUUUAUUAUUUAAUUAUUGUGUAUAACGUAAAUUUGAAAAUAUAAUAAAUAUAUUAUCAAACAUUGUAUACAAUUCAGUCAUAAUAGUAACAGAGUAAAAAGAUAAAACAAUACAAAUCCCAUGUUUUAGCGUUAAUGCAUAUAUAGUAUAUAUGAGUAAAUAAAUAGCUUUGUGAACAAUGGAAUAACGCAUAUCAAUCAUUAACUCAUUUAUGUAUGACUUUUAUAAUCAUUCUCCAUACAUUUAUAGGAACACACAUUCUUCGAAAAAAAAAAAAAAAAAAA